CGGCGGUGACGAGCGGUCUCUGCUCCGGGCCUGCGGCGGGCGCCCGCUUCUUCUGCACCGCGGGCCGCGGCCUGGAGCCCUUCCUGAUGCGGGAGGUGCAGUCGCGGCUGGCGGCCACGCAGGUUGAAUAUAUUUCAGGAAAAGUUUUUUUCACCACCUGUUCUGACCUGAAUAUGCUGAAAAAAUUAAAAUCUGCAGAAAGGUUAUUUUUGCUGAUUAAAAAGCAACUUCCAUUUAAGGUUUCUUCUGUAAGUAAAGGAAAAAUAUUUAAUGAAAUGCAGAGACUUACAAAUGAUGAUCCUGAAAGUUGGUUGAAUGCCAUUUCAAUUUGGAAAAAUCUUCUUGAACUUGAUGCAAAAAAGGUAAAACUUUCUCAAAAAAACACUAACCCACUAAAAAGAAAAGCGGGAGAAAAUGACAUCAUUGCUAAAAAAUUGAAAACAGAUCAAAUGCAAGAGAUACAAGAGAAUAAGGAAUGCCAAAUGGAAAAACAAAUAGAAGAAGCAACACUGGAACAAGGAAAUUUUACCACUAAAAGAGACAAAUCUCAAGAAGAACUUCAGAACGAUGUAGCAGAAGCAGUUGAUACUCAUAACCAGAACGACUUAACUUUCAGAGUUUCCUGUCGCUGUAGUGGAGCCAUUACAAAGACCUUUACUGCACAGUAUAUUCUUUUCUGUAACCUGCUGCUUUUCCAGGAGGUAGGAAGAGUAAUUGGAAUUGCUCUCAUGAAACAGUUUGGAUGGAAAGCAGAUUUGAGGAAUCCAAAUUUAGAGAUCUUUAUACAUCUAAGUGACAUUUACUCUGUGGUGGGAAUUCCUGUGUUCAGGGUUCCUUUAGCCAGCAGAGCUUACAUCAAGACAGCAGGACUGAGAUCUACCAUAGCGUGGGCAAUGGCCUCUCUCGCAGAAAUUAAGGCUGGUGCAGUUGUUUUAGAUCCAAUGUGUGGACUUGGAACAAUACUUUUGGAAGCUGCUAAAGAAUGGCCAGAUGUGUAUUACGUGGGUGCUGAUGUCAGUGACUCACAGUUACUAGGUGCAUGUGACAAUCUGAAAGCUGCAGGCCUUAAGGAUAAAAUUGAGUUACUUAAAGUCUCUGUGAUAGAAUUACCACUGCCUUCAGAAAGUGUCGAUAUUAUUAUUUCCGAUAUUCCAUUUGGGAAAAAGUUUAAAUUAGAAAAAGACAUCAAACACAUUAUACAAGAAAUGGAAAGAGUGCUUCGUGCUGGCGGGACCAUUGUGUUGUUGCUUAGCGAAGAUCACCACAGGCGCCUUAAAGGUUGUGAAGAGAGCAGCGUCCCUUUGAAUUCCACGGGCAGCCGCACAGAUAAACCUGGAAGCAUGGAGUGCUUGAAUCCUGAAGAAAAAGCUGCCAUAUCAGAGCCAGCGUCAUCCUCAUUUGCAGCCAGUAACCAGGAGUGCUUGGACGGAAUGCCACCGUUCGGCUCUUUGGUGCCAGUGGAAUGCUACAGAGUUAGCCUUGGAAAAACAGAUGCGCUCAUAUACAAAUAUAAGAAGUCGCACUCCCCUGGGCAAUAGCAGGCUUGCUACUGUAAGCCAGGUUCAAGUCCUUAUACGUCAGCUGUACAGAGUAGAAGAUGGUUGUCUCUGGAAUCUUGACAGUGCCAGAGGCUUCCAAGUAAACAGACUCCCCUAAGACAGGGCCGUGGCUGCUGGACACCUGUUCUUAAUAAGAGCUUCUGUUUUACACUCUAAAGAGUGUUUCUGACAAAGAACAAUUAAUGGAUAGUUGAACUAAAGGACUCUUAAACUUCGCCUCCUGUCAGAAUAUGAAAAGGUCUGCUCUGCUUGCACUAUUUAUGAGCAGAAGAUUCAACUUCAAAAGUUUCAGAGGCUCAGCAUAUAUAUCUCAUCACAAGUUUAGUAAUAUUUUCACUAUCACAUUUUUUGAAAUGUAAAAACUUCUAGGGCUUCCCUGGUGGCGCAGUGGUUGGGAGUCUGCCUGCCGGUGCAGGGGACACGGGUUCGAGCCCUGGUCUGGGAGGAUCCCACAUGCCGCGGAGCGACUGAGCCCGUGAGCCACGACUACUGAGCCUGCACGUCUGGAGCCUGUGCUCCACAACGGGAGAGGCCGUGACAGUGAGAGGCCUGCGCACCGCGAUGAAGAGUGGCCUCUGCUUGCCGCAACUGGAGAAAGCCCUCGCACAGAAACGAAGACCCAACACAGCCAAAAAUAAAUAAAUAAAUUUAAAAAAAGAAAACUCUUUUAAAAAAAAAACAAAAAACAAAAAACUUCUAUGUUUUGAUAUCAACUUCUUUUGAUAUUAAACUUGAUUUUUUGAACCUGUCAUUUUCUUCUCUGUUGGAAUGAAAAUAACUUUUAUUUGCAGUACAUUUUAUAUGUCCCAUCUUAGGUAAAACAUCAGUAGGAAUAAUAAUAUGAAUUAAGCCAAUAUCCUCCAAUGUGACGGAAGAUAAACUUCGUGUUUUUUUUGUGAAAG